CGAAUGUGCUUUCAUCCCCGACAUCGAACUGAGAGAGACUCAUCAUUAUAUUUCACGGCCAACAUUAGUACGCCUAUUGUAUAGAAGCGAGAUGGAAUCCUUGUUAUUCGAGAAGCCCCUGCUAUCAUCUACUGUCUGCAUUCGUUGCAAGCGUCGGAAGAAGAAGUGCGAUAGAACUCUACCAGGCUGCACGCGGUGCUCCAAGCUGCGAGUCCCAUGCCAUUACCAUUUUCAGAUUAAUGGUUCCUCAAUUCAGUCCGAGCCAAUCCGUACCAGCAUCGAGCAAGCUGCAGCCACAUCCCAACCUCAAACCAGGAAUCAUUUCCACGAGUUACUAAACCCCUACAAUUUUAGCUCUCCAAAUGCAUCGUUCCAAGCAGUGCCCGGAGAGCUCAGUGUCCUGAACUUAGAUGAGCAACUCACCGAGCAGUUCUGGUCUAUUAUCAACCGCGACGCUAUUGAAGAUGGGAUUCUCUCCUCGUGCUCUCUAUAUUUCAAAUUCGUCCAUGUCUGGUUUCCAAUCAUUUCCAAAGAAACGCUUUUCGAUCAAAUCUUGCAACAGCGUAGUUCUCCAAAAGGCGAAGUCGCCAUCCUGGUUCUGGCGAUCCAUCUGGUGAGCCAGCUGUAUUCGAAGAUUCCUCGAGAGACAAGCACUUUACAACAGCUUUAUGACACAAUUAAGGGCCUCAGUGGUUUGUUUCAGUCGACUGGGAGGUCGUCAAUUGAGAUGGUACAGGCGGGGCUUUUGAUAGCGUUUUAUGAACACUGCCAGGCACUGCAUGAUGCUGCGUAUCAGACUCUUGGGUCUUGUGCCAGGAUGGGAUAUAUUCUGGGCCUUGACAAGACAUUAUCUCAGGACGCACUUUCUGAUCCGAUUUCUGAGAGUAUCGCAGCGAGACAGAGGCAGGUUUGGUGGGGCAUUAUUACCCUUGAAAGGAUAUCAAUGCUUGACUGUAUAGACAAGAAACUUCCCUUCGCCAUCCCGUCGCCUAGUCCUUCUGAUAUACUACCCUCAGAGGAUGGUACUAGAUUUCAAGUCUCCAUUGGCUUAAGUCAACAAGGAAAACCCGCCGAUCCUAGCACGGUGGAGCUAAGUAUCGGUGCACGCAUUGCUCAAGGAGCGUAUCUCCUCGGCCAUGUGAUCGACCGUGUCAGCACAUCCAAGCCCAGCAUCUCAUCCUGCGCAGCGGCUCAUGUUGACUUGACUCUUCGAUCGUAUGCCAUGGAGCUGCUCAAGCCAGCUGGUCACGGUCAUCUCUGUUGGCCGUAUGCGAUCUGCUUGAGCGCAAUUCUAGUUUUGAAUCGCUUUGAAAUUACGGUAGAGCCUGAACCCAGUGAAGCUCAUGAAAAAGAAAAUUUUCAAUCCCGUGCUGCAUUAGGCUUGAAGUCAGCCCUCAGGAUGAUGCUCGAUAGCAUGAUGAGUGCUUCAAAGGGUGCAGAGGCUAAUCUGGUGGCUAUACCGAUCUGGGCUCUGCAUCGAGCUCAGUACGCAGCCGUAUUGAGUUUGGAUUUUGGUGUCGUAGACGACGACCUAGAAUUGUGGAUGUCCUAUAUCGAGACAGUGAAGCGAAUGUUAGGAGCAAUUGAGGCUAGAAGCAAUCUCGCAGGAAACUAUCUGAAAGCCAUCUUAGACGCCGAAGAGCGAAGAACCCAAGUCCUCGCAUGCCAUGCACACUGCUGAAUUCCCAAAACAUCUAAACAAGCUUCUCCUUCAACUCCCCAAAAGCCUUUAACAGCUCCUCCUUCGAAUCAACCCUCCACUUCUCUUUCACAUCAUCUAUAAGCUUUCCACCAAUCGCUCCAAUCAAACCAGGACUCAUAUUAUGAUUCGCAGGAUCCGCACCAGGAAAUGUGAGAGAUACCCUCGUCUCCACAACCCUCAAAUGCAUCCCCUCCAGCGUCUUCUUCAACUGUUCACUUGCCGACAUGCCCCCCAUAAUCCCAUAACUAACAAUCAGCACUGGCUUCCCGAUCCAAGCGUGGUACAAGUAAUCAAUCGCAUUCUUCGUCACUCCAGGAAGUCCGAAAUUCCAUUCCGCAGUCACGAAGACGUACCCGUCGUAUUUGGCGAUCUCGGCAUUCCACGCUUUGCUGUGCUCGUGGGCGAAUUCUCCUUGGGCAGGGACUUGAGCGGGAAGGAUUGCUUCAUUGAAGAGAGGGAGAUUGAAGGCUGCGAUGUCGACUAGGGAGAGAGUUAAGUUUGGGGUUGAUGCUUCUGAUAGUGUGGAUUUGAUGAGGGCUGCGACUUGGUCGCCGAUGCGGUUAGGGCGUGUGCUGCCAAUUAUGAUUCCGAUCUUCUUGGGCGCUUGAGCGUCGAUAGGUGCUUGAGACAUGUUGAUGUAUUUGCUUGCUCUCUGUAUAACUAAUUUGUUUUGGUGGGAAGUGGGAACGUGAGAAAUCGACGAGAAUGCGGAAUCAAGUCAAGAUAUCAACAGUAUCAUGGGGCUUGGAGGAAGUUCUUCUUGGUGAAAGGAGAUGGUAAUGGAAUAAAGAGUAAACGCCAUAUAUCGCAGGACACAGCUCUACCUAUAUACCAUUUGAACGUUAUUCCGCGAAUGGAAACAUUCAAAUCAUGGAUGUCGGGUUCGGGCCCCUCUGACCAAUCACCACCCGUCCUGCAGGGGCGGCGCCCUGGCGGCGAAGAGGCGGAAAGUGGAUCCUAUGAGCGCCGCCAGUACAGCACAGUUGAGAAAUACAAGACAAAGCAGCACAUGAGUGAAUGUAUUAUUAAUUAGACCCUCGAAGAUACGGCAAAUGACUCCGGAAUGAUUGAUUAUGUGUCGAUUACGUGCCUCGGUAGUAUGCGUGAUUUCUAAGGUGCUGAUGCGGCGUGCUGGUU